AAUAUAGCUCUAGCAUCAGACGAGGGAACCUUUAAAAGGAGGCGAGAGGAAGAGGCGCGCGCAUCUUUUAGGCGUUGUGGCUAGGGUUUUUCAUCAGAACAGAACAAAUAAAUAAACAGGGCAAAAGGAUUUAGGGUUUGUACACGUCCAGUUCUCUACUGGAUCAGCAUUACCUCAAUUGCACAGGCGGGGUUAGGUUAAUAGUUAGUCUGCUUGUGAGGAGGUCUGCUAGGAGAACAUGGUAGAAGUUGAGACAAGUGAAGAACUUGAAUUUAAGUGGGGAAAAAAGAAAGGAAGGGGAGGGAGAAAUAAGGAUGUUCAGUUUUAUGAAUCUUUUACUUAUGAUGGCGUGGAGUAUGGUCUUUAUGAUUGUGUUUAUCUUUACAAGGAAAGUGAACCCGAGCCUGAGAUUGGUAAGCUAAUAAAAAUAUGGGAGACUGGUGAGAAGGCAAAGAAAGUCAAAGUUUUAUGGUUUUUCCGCCCCUGUGAGAUUUUGAAUUUUCUUGGAGCUGAAGAGAUACUUGAGAAUGAGUUGUUUUUGGCAUCCGGUGAAGGUGUAGGCCUUGCGAAUCUUAAUCCAUUGGAAGCCAUCGCUGGAAAAUGCAAUGUUCUUUGCAUUUCAAAGGACAAGGAAAAUCCUCUACCUUCAGCUGAAGAACUUCAAAUGGCUGAAUUUGUAUUUCGUCGAACCUUUGACGUUGGGCAGCAGAAAAUCAUGGAUAAGAUAGAUGGACAAAUUGCUGGGAUUGAUGUUAAAUUCAUGUUUAACCGAAUGGAUAUUCAGAAGCCUGGUGGCGUUCUGAAAGUUGAUUUAGGAAAAUACGAAGUUUGUGGGAAUUCCAUAGAAAGUAAUGAAACAAUGGUUCUAUCAAAGAAAAACUCAUUUAAAGAACAUGUCACUUUAGAGACAAAUGGAAAUUGUGUUGAUUCUUCAACACAAGAAAAUGCUGAUUUGGUUAAGCUUAAACCUUCGCUUGUAGAAAAGCUUGCUUUUGGUGUAGGUUUAAAAUCAAGUGACAUGGAUAAAACUAAUGAAAAAGGGGAACAUGCGUCAAACCCCAAGGCCUUAUUGAGGUCUAAAGUUAAAAGCGACGAGGGUGAGGUUAGACGUGGUAAAGUUAAUGCACGACAAGUUGCGGAGGAAGAAAUUGUAAAGUGUACCAAGGAUUCUGUUGAUUUGGACAAUAGGCCAACCAAGAAGGCGAAGAUUGAUUGUACAAUUAAAGUAUCCGAUGAUAAGGGAAAAAUUUGUGAGCAAAGACAUGUUAAGGUGGAAGAAAAGAUAAGAUGGACAAAGGGUUCUAGUGAAUUGGACCAUGGACAGUCUAAGUCGAAGCUUAACACUUCAACCAAGGUGGUAAAUGACAAAAGCAAAAGUAGUGACCAUAAGCGUAUGAAUGAUAAAAAGGUUUUAUCAUCAACUGCUUCUACACUUGAUGAUAAAUGCAAACUUAAAAGUAUGGAGAAUUCUCUUGGGACAAACAAAGCCCCUUGCAAGAAGACGAAGCCCGAUGAUAAGGCAACAACUCUUUCUAAUGUCAAGUUGCCUAAAACCUCUCAACGUAAGGAUUUUCUUGGGACAAACGAAGGCCCUUCCAAGAAGAUGAAGCCCGAUGUUAAGGUUAUGACGCUUUCUGAUGGCAAGUUGCCACCUCCUACAGAGUCUCAGAAUAAGGCCAAAAAUUAUGGUUCCCAAGUGUUGGAAGUCCCUCAACGUCCUGAUGCUGACAGAAGAACAUGGUUUAAGGGAUUUCCUUGGGAAGAUAGAAUGCAGACUGCACAUGAGCAAGGCACUCUUGUUUUGCUCCAGAAUUUGGAUCCGGCAUACACUUCAGCAGAAGUGGAGGACAUAGUAUGGCAUGGUUUCAAGGAAAGUUGCACGGCUAAGAUGAUUCAGCGAAUUUCAAAUUCUAGCCCUCACUCAGUGAAGGGUUUGGAAUUUAGAUUUACUUUUAAGUCUUUUGUAUUAUUAAUGCCUAGUUCCCAAAAGCUUUCGCUGGAAUUCAGGUCUUACAGUUUCUCAUCUUUUUCAUUCUUGCAGGACAGAAGAACAUGGUUUAAGGGAUUUCCUUGGGAAGAUAGAAUGCAGACUGCACAUGAGCAAGGCACUCUUGUUUUGCUCCAGAAUUUGGAUCCGGCAUACACUUCAGCAGAAGUGGAGGACAUAGUAUGGCAUGGUUUCAAGGAAAGUUGCACGGCUAAGAUGAUUCAGCGAAUUUCAAAUUCUAGCCCUCACUCAGGACAAGCUCUCGUUAUUUUUAAAACUAGGGAAGCAGCACAGAUGGUUGUUAGAAAAUUAGAUGAGGGCUGCUUGUUAUUGUCAAAUGGAAGGCCUCUUGUUGGCAGCAUCAGAACUCGCUCUGCGGAAAAGAAACCAAUUUUUUUUGGUCAUCUAGUUAUCGAUAAAUUUCGGCAGCAAAAGAUGCGGGAAAGGGAGAUGAAAGAAGCUGUAUCCACUUCGCAUUGUUCUCAGCCUAACACUACUGAAUAUGAUAUGGCCAUGGAGUGGUGCUUACUACAAGAAAGAUCAGACCUUGUUUGGUGGAACCUGUAUAAGCAACAAGGUAAGGAGUUGAGAAAACUCAAAGCUGAACUCAAGGCCAAAUGAGCAGUGUGGCUGGGUGAACUUGCCCCUCUUGGUAAGUUUCACGUUGUUCUCAACUCUUGCUCGCACUCUCCAAGUUCUGGUCUUGCCGAUUCGUGAAAGAAGCCGAAAUUGAGUAAUGAAUCUCCUCUCUUCCCCAGGGAACGUAUAUAACGGGGGUCUGAAGUCAAGGAUCAGGCAGUGUUUUGGUUGGGCAGGUGCAAGUAUUUGUUCAAGACCAGUUUCCAGCUGCUGUGAGUAUGGCCUGAUGGUUUUUUUUUUUCGGCCGGAAAUCACUGGACUGCCUGUUUCAUACGAGCUCUAUCAUCAAUCACAAAUGUAAAUUCACAUGUAUCUCAUUCUGAGUAAACGGGCGUUUUUCUUUUUGUAAAGUUUUGGUUAAGCCCGUUUCCUCUCUUCCCACAAUCGCCAAUCAGCCAAACAGUGCGCUUUACAAAGAGGAUCAAAUAAACUGUUUUUAGCUUUUAAAUU